UUUAUAUAUAUAUUUUUUCUUCAUCAGGCCUUCAUGAUGCAAAGUGAACAAUUCAGGAGUUUCUUACACAUUCAGUAGAUCCGUGUUCAUGUUACGUUCAACCAUCGGACGGCACAGCCACAUCUCCAGAGCACACAUUAUGCAUCAACAAUUGUUGUAUCACUCUUAACACUGUUGGUGUAACUCAGUUGUUGUCACAAUUUCUUAUGAAUAGAUAUAAGUGUACUGUGAUGGGGCACCAAGGAUAUAGUUCAUCUCCGAGAUUCUUGGCAUUAAGAGUGACUUAAUCUCUAGCUUCAAUAUUAACUUGAAGCUUCUGUCAAAGUCUUCUGUCAACUGAGCUUCUGUCAACUGAGCCCAUUCAGUGACAUCUACCUUCAAAGAAUUAUUGAGCUGCCAGAUCCACAAAGUCACAUCUCAAGUACACACUUUCUGAGCCUCUCCUUAAGAUCCUACAAUGUAUCAAGCAUUUUUUGGGUUUGGAGGGCCAGGGGUCUUCCCCACAGGGGGAGGAGGUGUCUUCCCUGGAGCUGGUGGGGGAAUGUUCCCUGGAGCAGGGGGAGGACUGUUCAAUGGAGCAAGCAGUGUUCCCCAAGGAGGAGCUGUUGGAGCUCCACGCACCGUGGCAGGUGGGAUGCCCCAGGUGACAGGCAAUGACCAGCGGGGUCUGGUGGGUCGCAGCGAGAUGCACUUGGGUGGGUUCGACCAACGCUCCACAGCCGCCGCUCCCUCGCGCCCUGAAGUGACGUCCUCUCCUUCAUGUGAGCAACGUCUUGCCAUCAGACCUGACCACCAUGGCAUGGGGGCCUUGGGGGACCACAGUACUGCUCCUUCUGUGGGACACAACACCACGCCCUCCGGAGGGCAUGACCCACGACACAACUCGGGCAUCGACUUGCGUCCCAACACAGCGCUUGUAAUACAGGACCAACAACAACAGCAGCAGCAACAGCAACAACAGCAGCUGAGGGCUGAUUCAGACAUCAGGCAUCCAGCUGCCCCCACAGUUGCCCAGCCCCCCACUAGUGAGUCCAGUGCUACCGGGGGGGAGCGUGACCCCCGUCACAGUGUCCCCCCACAGGACCCAGCUAGGGGCACCGCCCCUCCAGCUGCUGCUGCUGCAGGCGCUGCCAACCUCAAGCGGGAGGUGCCCGUAGACGACCUGCUGAGGGCCUACCUUGGGGAGGAGCAGCCUGACGACACAACCAAGGUGGGGUCGAUGAUGGCGGUGCAGGUGGUGACGAGGGAUCCCUUCAUCGAGAAGAUGCUGACGACUCUGCAGCUGGACCAUCUCAUGGACGCCUUCGCCAACAACAACAUAGACAGGGAGACGGUAUCCUUCAUGUCCUCGGAGGAGCUCAAGGAAGUGUGCCCUAGCGUCGGCCACCGUAUCAAGAUACGCAACUAUCUCACUAAGUACGAUACACCCACAUCCCCCAUCGGGUGUGUGUCACCUGAGAGUGGGAGUCUUUCAAGCGCCUACAUGGCCAUGAGUCUCCCGCAUAUCUCCCAUGAGGUGUUCAGUAGCGACAUGCAGCCUCCCGUCAAAAGGGCCAAGUCCUCCGCCUUCAGGUUUUUUAAGGAUAAUAAAAGUCUACUCGAGAUCCUAUCGUCGUCGGAAAUAGGACGUCUUCUCCUGCAGUCCUAUGAGAACAAGAAAAGUUUUGAUCAUCGGGAGCGAGCCAAACUCACCCACCUUAUUGUGGAUGGUCUGCUGGACUCCCCCCUGGUGUUCAAGAUCCCGAUGCUGGAGGACGUGGCAGACGAGGUGGUGCGGCUGUUCCCGACGGAGGUGAAGGCGAGCUACUACAUCGCACCGUCCCCCGACCGCCGCGCUGGCGCCGGCAAGCUCGUCGACCGCUUCAAGAACCAGCGCCGCUUCUUCCUCAAGUAUAAGGGCAAGCCCAGGAAGACCUGUGGGCAUGAGGGUGCAAAGGGCGGCCAUGACGGUACAAAGGGCGGCCACACCAGCUCCUGUGACCAGGGGAACGGCGCUGCUGGUGGAGGGGAGCUGAACUCCUCAUGCAGUGGAGGUGGUGACCCCUCUAGUGGAGGGGUAGGGGACCUGAACUCCUCCAGUGGAGGGGACCAUAACCCUUCUAGUGGAGGGGACCAUAACCCCUCCAGUGGAGGGGCUGACCCCAGCUACGCUGGAUCGCCCAGCUCCAAUGAUGAGACCAGCGGCAACCACAACAACCACACCACACCCCCCACCUCCACCAACACCCCUUCCUCCUCCUCCGAGGGGAGGCAGUACGGCUGCGACCCCUACAUCCAGCAGAUGCUACGGGACUUACGGCUGGAGUAUUUAUCAGACACUUUCUCCUGCCAGAACAUCGACCGCGAAGUCAUGAGCCUCAUGUCGCAGGAGGACCUCAGAGUCCUAUGUCCCUCCUACGAGCACCGGACCAAGAUCUGCGAGUACCUCGCCACCAGGAGGCCUGAACCUUCGUCGUCCUCUAGGUCCUCAUCAUCCUCUAAAAAAAACGAAGGUGGUGCCCCUGGGGACUUGAAACCUGUGGGGUUCCGUUCGACUGACAAGACCUUUUUCAACGGAGAGCUGACGCUGGGGGAGUUUCUUCGUGCCAGUAACGUAGGACGUGUACUAAUGGAGUCCUAUAACCGUAAAGGAUCCUUCGAGAACGGUGAACGCUGUAAACUCACCAGGAUAAUCGUGGAUGGUGUUUAUGAACGACAUUUUGCGAUGAGAAGCGAACUUUUCUCAGGUCUCGCCGACGAGAUCGUCAAAGAAUUUCCCUCUGAGGGCAAAGAACAUUAUUACCUUGCUCCUACUCCACUGAGGAAAAUGUGUGGGGGAAAAUUGGUCCAGCGGUACCGUAACGUGAAGCGCCUCCUCAGGAGGUACGCUGGGGAGGACCUGGAUGCCCCCAAGCCCUCCCAGCAGCUCAAGAAGGUCGUCAAGAAGAGGCCCCCCAGCCGGAGGGAGCUGCCGCGCAGGGGAACCCAUGAAGAUCCUGAUGACUGGCCCUACCCCCACUUCCUGUCACCCCCGUCUGGGGCGGAGGGCGGCGCCCCCCGACGCAGGACGCCCCGCGGGGACUCGUUCAUCACGCGGAUGCUGGAGGAGCUGAAGCUGCAGUACCUCCUGCCGGAGUUCCUGCGGCAGAGCAUCGACAAGGAGGUCAUCUCCACCAUGUCUCCUGAGGACCUCAGGGAGAUCUGCCCCAUCAUAGGACAUCGCACCAAGAUCAGGAACUACAUCCUUAGGAACGCUGCCGCCCCCGACGCCGCGGACUCCACCUCGUCCUUUGACCAGGCAGAGCCAACGCCCUCCCCCUCAGCUGUGGACGAAGCCCUCGCCUCCUUCGGGAGCAAGUCGACGGUGCGGAGCUUCUUUAAGGACGAGCAGACCCUGUGGGAGUUCCUCACGGGGAGGGGCCUGGGGCGUGCCCUCCUCCAGACCUACGCCACCAAGGGGGAGUUUUCUGUCCAGGUGGGGGCUUGUCACCUGAUGACAUAA